AUGAAGAACGGAAACCAAAACCAAUCAUCGAUGACGACGAUGAAUACGACGAUGAAAAACAAACGACGAAGAACAGCCACGGGGACCGCGAUUACGAAAGCGCAAAACCUUUCCAACGCGCAAGUCGCUUUAUUCCACUGUUCGUACUGUCAAAAGGACAUAUCGUCGGUGGUGCGAAUGAAAUGUGCCUCCUGCGUCGGCGUGGACUUGUGCGUGGAAUGUUUCGCCGUGGGUGCGGAACCGUUUCCGCACAAAGCGGGGCACCCGUAUCACGUGAUCGACGACUUGUCGUUUCCGUUGUUAACCUUAGAUUGGGGCGCGGACGAGGAACUCUUACUCUUAGAAGGCGUGGAGAUAUUCGGUUUGUCGAAUUGGACGGACGUGAGCGAACACGUCGGGACGAAAACGAAAAGUCAGUGCCAACAACACUACGUCGAGGAGUACGUGAAGUCGCCGGCGGCGCCGUUGCCGGAUAUGAGUAAAGUCCUCGGGAAAGGAUAUAAAAAGUUGACCGAGGAAGACCAAGCCGAGUUGAGAAGGAAACAGAAACAAAAGAGCAAGUUAAAAGAGGAAAACGAAACCAACGGAGGAGGAGAAGAGAAUAAUAAUAAUAAUAAAGAAAACGGAACGUUGAACCAAGACGUGGAGAUGACGCUGUUGCAACAAAUGUCCAAACCUGGAGAGAUUCGUGCGGAAGGAAAUAUUUCCGAGUUGACCGGGUAUAACGUGAAGAGAAACGAGUUCGACCCGGAGUACGACAUCGAAGCUGAGUUACCUUUGGCGGAGAUGGAGUUUCGAGAGUUGGACACGGAGGAGGAUAGAAAAUUGAAAAUACGCAUGAUUGAAAUAUACAACGAGCGUUUAGCCGAGAGACAGAGGAGAAAGAAUUUCAUCUUAGAGAGAGGAUUGUUGAACGUGAAGAAACAACAAAUGUUUGAGAAGAAACGAUCGCAAUACGAGAGAGAUUUACACGGCACGUUGCGAGUAUUCAUGCGAUACUUAUCGCAAUCGGAAUACGACGUCUUGCUGGAAGGUUUAGCCGCGGAGAAUAAAAUUAGAACGCGAAUUGGCGAGUUGAAAGAAUACCGACGGAACGGGAUUACCACGUUACAAGAGGGUGAAAACUACGACGUUGAAAAGAAACGACGAAUGGAAGAGUUUGCCAGACUCAAAUCGUUCGAGUCGCCGCACUCGAGAAAGAAAGGAUUCACUCCUUUGCCGUUGGCGCAAGCGCAACCGGGAGACGCGAACAAAUCGUCGAAUACUAUUUUUCCUUCUCCCGGUGGUAGAUCGCUAAAGACGGACCAUCAUUUAGGCAAUACCUCGGGAUCGAAAAAGAGAAUGUACAUUCCCUUGGAUUUGGCCACGUUACCAGGCGUGGAGCUUUUGAGUAAACAAGAGAAGGAGUUGUGCGUGACGAAUCGAAUGUUGCCGGUGCAAUUUUUAAUGGUCAAACAACAGUUGAUGAAGUUGAGUCAAGAGAGAGGCAAAUCCAAUCCGAUUAAAAGAGCUGAGGUGAGAACGAUGUUUAAAAUCGAACCGAUUAAAGUUCUCAGAGUGUACGAGCUGUUGUGUCAGUCUGGAUACGUCAUCUCUGGCGACGAAAAGAAAGUUCAAGAAGAAGAAGAGGAGAAGGAAGAAGACGAGGAAGAAGAAGAAGAAGAAGACGAGGAAGAAGAAGAAGAGGACGAAGAAGAAGAAGAAGAGGAAGAGGAGGAAGAAGAGGAAGAGGAAGAAGAGGACGACGACGAUGAAGAUGCUUCGGUCGAAGAAGAGGAGAGCGAAGAAGAAGAAGAAGAGGAAAGCGAAGAGGAGGAAUCCGAUUCGUAA